AUGCUCUCUCAGCAUUACAGAGCAUCGCCCGACGAUGUGGAAAUUUUGGAAUGUCUAUCCAGUUCAGUGGAUCGCCAGAGUGACACAGGUUGCAGUAUUUCUAGGAGCAAUACCUGUAAGAAAUCACUGUAUAAUAGACCUCCAAUAGAUUAUAGCCGCUUUGAUCAGAUUGCAGGUGAAGAUUCUGAUGCUGAAGUAGCAGACAAGGGUGUAAGUUCAGUGAAACAUAGACAACAAUUCCCUAAAGGAGUACUUCGAGGAUGUCCAGACUGUGCCAAUUGUCAAAAGGUUAUUGCAAGAUGGAAUCCAUCUGGUGCACGUAGGCCUGUUCUUGAUGAGGCUCCUGUUUACUAUCCUACCGAGGAGGAAUUCCAGGACACCUUAAAAUACAUUGAGAGUAUCCGCCCAACGGCAGAACCAUAUGGAAUAUGCCGUAUUGUUCCACCAGCUUCAUGGAAGCCUCCAUGCCUUCUUAAAGAGAAAAACAUUUGGGAAUGCUCAAAAUUUUCUACUCGGGUACAGAAGGUUGACAAGCUCCAAAAUCGUAAAUCGUCCAAGAAGAGCAGAAGAGGUGGAAUGAUGAAGAAGCGUAGAAAGAUUUCAGAGACUGAAGAAAUCAAUCACAAUCAAAUUGGAAUGCAGCAAAACCAAGAGAAAUUUGGAUUUGAACCAGGACCAGAGUUCACGCUACAGAUGUUUCAGAAGUAUGCAGAUGACUUCAGUGAUCAGUAUUUUAUGAAAGAUAAAUGCAGAGAUUCACCACCGUCAGUGGAAGAUAUUGAAGGCGAGUAUUGGCGCAUAGUUGAAAGGCCGACAGAAGAGAUAGAGCAUGUUGAAGAUCAUCAUUUGUACUCACUGAACUACAUGCAUUGGGGUGCUCCAAAGGUGUGGUAUGGAGUUCCAGGAAAGGAUGCUGUGAAUUUGGAGGCUGCAAUGAGGAAACAUCUUCCUGAGUUGUUUGAGGAGCAACCUGAUUUGCUUCACAAUCUAGUUACUCAGUUUUCACCAUCAUUGCUUAAAUCUGAAGGAGUACCAGUCUACCGUUGUGUUCAGCAUGAGGGAGAGUUUGUCCUGACAUUCCCACGGGCAUACCAUGCUGGUUUUAAUUGUGGCUUCAAUUGUGCAGAAGCUGUUAAUGUGGCACCCAUUGAUUGGUUGCCAGUUGGACAAAAUGCUGUUGAGCUUUAUCGUGAACAAGCUCGGAAAAUAACUAUCUCCCAUGAUAAGCUGUUGCUUGGGGCUGCAAGAGAAGCAAUAAGAGCUCAGUGGGACAUCCUAUUUCUCAAGAGGAAUUCUGCUGAUAACUUGAGGUGGAAAAGCAUAUGUGGACCUGAUAGCACAAUAUGCAAGUCACUGAAGGCACGAAUUGAAAUGGAGUUGGCACAAAGACAAAAUGUAUCCUCUCCAUGUCAAUCUAGGAAAAUGGAUGCCGAAUUUGAUUCUACUGAUAGGGAAUGUGCAUUGUGCUACUAUGAUCUGCAUCUUUCAGCUUCUGGCUGUCCAUGCUCCCCAGAGAAAUAUGCUUGCCUGGUACAUGCAAAGCAGCUUUGCUCAUGUGAUUGGAACAAAAGGUUUUUCCUAUUUCGUUAUGAUGUCAAUGAGUUGAAUAUCUUAGCUGAUGCUUUAGGGGGAAAGCUAAGUGCCAUUCACAGAUGGGGUGUCUCUGAUCUUGGAUUAAGUUUGAGCUUGUGUGUCAAACGGGAAAAGGUCCAAGAUUCCAAGACUGUUCGCAGAUUAACUGAUGGCCCAAGACGGUCCUACAUGUCACAGGCAUCAACAGUAUCGUUGGUUCCUUCUUCUGUUAGCACUGAACAGAAAAGCAAUGAAAAUAAGACACUGGAUUUAGGUUGUCCAGGUACGAAUUUACUUAAAAUAAGUCCGGAGGCAAAUAGUGCGUGUCCUUUGACAAAGCAGAUAAAAUCAGAAAAUGUCUCACAGCUAAAGGAGCCAUGUGUGAAGAAUGAAUUAUCAUGUCCGACCAGCAAUGGUACCAGCCGACAACAUAAUGGAGGGAUUGGAGGCCACAAAGUUGCAGCACCAAGCUUGAUGGUUCCUUCUGGUCAAUCAUUUCCUGCACAUGCUGUGAUAAGACCCUUAAUUACUUCAGGUGAAUCCACGAGAAGUGCGCAUGUCUUGGCAGUAUCUAAAGAGAGUAGAGAAACCUCUUCCCGAACUGGAGACUGUACAUCUUCACUUACACUUCGGGAGUAUCAUAACAGGCCAGUGUCAAUGAUUGAUAAUGGAGCUAACAUGAAGCCAGAUCUGGAAAACUUAGACAAUUCUCAUAGGUUGAUGGCAUCAUCAGACUUCAAUGCAACUCUAUGUCAUUCUUACAAGGAUCAAACAUUCUUAACACUGGAAACUAAUACCUCAGUGAUGACUGAGAAAGGUAGCAAUCAGGCCCGUACUGCAAGCCAGCAGUUUGUCAAUACUACUUCAAGAACACAAAAUGUGUCUCAGGAACCAUUGUGUAGUGUCACUGCUCCAAAGCAACUCAUAGAUCCUCAAGUUGUGAAAAACGCAUAUGGUGUUUUUGGUUCAGGCAGUGCCCACCUUGGGCAUCCAACUGUUGGUAAUCAGCAACUAAAUGAGAGAUGGCAUCAAAGACAAUCUGAUUCUCUAUCCAGUGUGGAAGUUAGAGCUAGGGGCCAUUCAGCUAUGGUAGUGCAGCCUGCUCUGGAAAAUCACAGCAGAAAUGGAGUUGCACAGAAGGGUCCUCGCAUAGCUAACGUUGUACAUAGAUUCAAGUGCUCUGUUGAACCUAUAGAAAUUGGUGUUGUACUAUCUGGGAAGUUGUGGUCCUCAAGUCAAGCAAUCUUCCCAAAAGGGUUUAAGAGCAGAGUAAAAUACUUCAGUGUUGUAGAUCCAGUACAAAUGACAUACUACAUAUCUGAAAUAUUGGACGCUGGACAGCAGGGACCUCUUUUUAUGGUGACUGUAGAAAACUGUCCUGGCGAUUUUUUCAUAAACAUCUCUCCUACCAAGUGCUGGAACAUGGUUCGUGAAAGGCUUAAUAUGGAAAUAAGGAGGCAGCUCAAUAUGGGAAGAGCUAAUCUUCCUACACUACAGCCUCCAGGAUCAGUUGAUGGUCAUGAAAUGUUUGGGUUGUUAACACCAGCAAUAGUUCAGGCAAUUGAGGCUCGGGACAGAGAUCACGUCUGUACAGAGUACUGGCGAUCAAGGUCCCAUGUUACAAUUGAGAAUCGAGACAAUCAGAAUAUGCCACCUCAGGAUCCAUUGCUUAUUGCACUGAGGGGGCUCUUCCAGCGGGCUAAUUGUGAUGAACUGCGAGCACUACGCAGUUUACUGAUGAGCAAUAGAACUCUGGACGACAGUUCUAGGCAGCAGGCUUGCCAAAUCCUCGAUGAGGAGAUUGCAAAGCAAUGGCACUGA